GGGAUUUGGAGAAGAGAAAGCGGUGAUGCGAAGAGGGGGCGGAGCCAGAGAGUGGAUGGCAGAGGUGGGCUGUAGAGCCAAAGUGGGGUGGGAGCGCGAAGAUGGCAGCUGCUGAGGAGGAGCCGAAGCCCAAAAAGCUGAAGGUGGAGGCGCCGCAAGCGCUGAGAGAAAAUAUUCUCUUUGGAAUGGGAAAUCCUCUGCUUGACAUCUCUGCUGUAGUGGACAAAGAUUUCCUUGAUAAGUAUUCUCUGAAACCAAAUGACCAAAUCUUGGCUGAAGACAAACACAAGGAACUGUUUGAUGAACUUGUGAAAAAAUUCAAAGUCGAAUAUCAUGCUGGUGGCUCUACCCAGAAUUCAAUUAAAGUGGCUCAGUGGAUGAUUCAACAGCCACACAAAGCAGCAACAUUUUUUGGAUGCAUUGGGAUAGAUAAAUUUGGGGAGAUCCUGAAGAGAAAAGCUGCUGAAGCCCAUGUGGAUGCUCAUUACUACGAGCAGAGUGAGCAGCCAACAGGAACUUGUGCUGCAUGCAUCACUGGUGACAACAGGUCCCUCAUAGCUAAUCUUGCUGCUGCCAAUUGUUAUAAAAAGGAAAAACAUCUUGAUCUGGAGAAAAACUGGAUGUUGGUAGAAAAAGCAAGAGUUUGUUAUAUAGCAGGCUUUUUUCUUACAGUUUCCCCAGAGUCAGUAUUAAAAGUGGCUCACCAUGCUUCUGAAAACAACAGGAUUUUCACUUUGAAUCUAUCUGCACCGUUUAUUAGCCAGUUCUACAAGGAAUCAUUGAUGAAAGUUAUGCCUUAUGUUGACAUACUUUUUGGAAAUGAGACAGAAGCUGCCACUUUUGCUAGAGAGCAAGGCUUUGAGACUAAAGACAUUAAAGAGAUAGCCAAAAAGACACAAGCCCUGCCAAAGAUGAACUCAAAGAGGCAGCGAAUCGUGAUCUUCACCCAAGGGAGAGAUGACACUAUAAUGGCUACAGAUUUGACCAUUGGAAGUGCCCUCAAGUUGGUUCUUAAGAACUUCCAACGUACUACAGUUAUUUUCUGACUUCCUUACAUUCUGUGACCACAAGAUCUCCAGGUUCAGCUUGUGUUUUCCUUGCCCCAGCCAUGAAAUAGGAAUUUCUCCAAGAAGCCCUGGUUUCUUUUAUUGUACACUAAGAAUUUAUACACACAUCUAUAUCUGUGUCUAUAUUUAACCUGUGUGCGUGUGUGUGUGUAUGUGUGUGAUAUAUAUAUGAUUUUUUUUUUUUUUUUUUGAGAAGGAGUUUCACUCUUGUUGCCCAGGCUGGAGUGCAAUGGCGCAACCUCAGCUCACUGCAGCCUCUGCCUGCUAGGUCCAAGCAAUUCUCCUGCCUCAGCCUCCCAUGCCCAGCUAAUUUUUUGUUUUUUUUUUUUUAGUAGAGACGGGGUUUCUCCAUGUUGGUCAGGAGUGGUCUCAAACUCCUGACCUCAGGUGAUCCACCCGCCUCAGCCUCCUAAAGUGCUGGGAUUACAGACGUGAGCCACUGUGCCUGGCCCUGUGUAUAUAUUUUUAAAACAUGAGUACACAGUAGUAUCACCUAUUGCAAUCCAAUACCACAGAGUUCAGGACUGGCUUAGAGCUGUUACCCCAACUCUGUAAGUGCAGCCUGAACCAUCAAGACCAGGGAAACAUAUAAGCAGAGCAAAAUGAGGAGCUCACACAACCACACAUCCUGGUUAAUUUUAAUUAAGUUUUUUAAAUAUAUAGAAAAUUACCAUGGUUCUAAAAGUCGAGAACUAUUCACAAAGAUAGAGUAAAAGAAGUGUCACUUCCCUGACAUUACUUUUUCACCAUUCUUGUUUUAGCGUUCUUCCCACCCUGUUCCCACCUACCUCUUGUAGGUAACCAAUCUCAGUUUUUUACUUAUCUUUUCUGUAUUUCUUCUUUUUUUUUCUAACAGCUUCACUCAGAUAUAAUUCACACACCAUACAAUUUCCUUAUUUAAAGUAUACAAUUCUUUUUUUUGUAUAUUCAUAGGUUGUGCAACCGUGACCACAAUCAAUUUUAGAACAUUUUCAUCAUCCCAGAAACUGUCUCUCUCCAGCUUCACCCAUCUUCUCCCAACCUUAAGCAACCAUUAAUGUACUUUCUGCCUCUAUGCAUUUGCCUUUUCUGGAAAUUGCAUAUAAAUGGACUCUUACAAUAUGUGGUUUUCUGUGUUAGGCUUCGUUCACUUAACAUAAUGUUUUCAAGGUUCAUCCACAUUAUAGCAUGUGUCAGUUUUUUACUUCUUUUUAUUGCCAUGUAACAUUCUAUUGCAUGGUUUAUUCAUUUCCUAGGGCUGCCAUAACAAAUUACCACAAAGUGAGUGGCUUAAAAGAACAGAAAUUUAUUAUUUCACAGUUCUGAAGGCUAGAAGUCCAAAAUAAAAGGUAUCAGCAGGGCCUUGUACCCUCUGAAAACUCUAGGAAAUUGUUCCUUGUCUCUUCCUAGCUACUGGGCUCCUGGAAAUCAGUUCUUGGCAUUCCUUGGCUUGUAGCUAUAUCACUUCAGUAUUUGCCUCUGUCUUCGCAUGGCCUUCUUCCCUGUGUAUAUCUUUCUGUGCCCACUCCUUUUAUUUUAAAGACACCAAUAAUUGGAUAUAAGGCCUAAUCUAAUCUAGUGUGACCUCAUCUUAACUAAUUAAUCUGCAAAGACUUUAUUUCCAAACAAGGUCACAUUCUAAGGUUCCAGAUGGACAUGAAUUCAGGGGCAACACUAUUUAGCUUUCUACAUAUAGACAUACAACAUUUUAUUUACCUAUUCUUCAGUUAAUGGAAUUUCAUUCCUGUAUUUAUUUAUGCCCAGAUGAGCAGAUACAUGAGCAUUUUCUUAUUUCACCUUCCUUUUUAUUUGAAAAGUGGCAUACUGUUGAUAUGUUUGUUUUUUCCUUUUUUCAGUUUAUAAUAUAUUCUGGAAGUUUUUUCAUAUCACUUCACAGAGCUCUAGCUCAUUCUAAUCUAAAUAUUCAGCCAUAGAGAAUUUAUUAAUAUAUACAUAAGAUGGAAAUUGAUUUAGUAUUUUAAUUUUUAUGAACAUGGAAUGAUGUGCACAAUAUAUUGGGGAUGUUUUCUUCUAUAGGUUUUUUAAUCUGUGUUUUCAAGGUAUUAUAUUCACACAGUAUGAAAUUCCUCCUUCUAGAUGUUACCCAUCUAAUCAGCCCUUUCCCAGAGUGAACCAAUGCUUCCACUGAAUGUCAGCUAUACACAUUGUUCCGCACCUUGCCUUUUUGCUUAAUAUAUCUUAGAGAUUGUUCCAUU